CAAGCAGUGGGUGCUGACGGCCGCCCACUGCAUCUACGGGAUCGAUGACCCCACGAUCUACGGGGUCCGCUACGCUACGGACGUCAAGGAGCAGGGCGGCACGCUCGUCGGGGUCAGGUGGCUGGCCCUCCACGACCAGUACGUCAACGAGCGGCGGCAGCACGACGUGGCCGUCGUCCAGGUCGACGACGACAUCGUGUUCUCGGCCAAGGCGCAGCCCGUCCGCAUGACCGUCGUCGGCACCCUGCCCAAGUCGACCGACACGCUCUCCGUGUCCGGCUGGGGCACCGACAGCUACUACGACUGGGACGGGCCCUCUGACCUGCGGGCAGUGAGUCUGCCCUACGUGCCCAGGUCCACCUGCAGGAUCUCGUACGAAGACCGAGGCAGGCUCAUCGACGACUCCAUGAUCUGCGCGGGGAUGAGCGGCAAGGACUCGUGCUGGGGUGACGUCGGCGGCCCGCUCGUCAACGGGUUGGGCGUCCAGGUGGGCGUCGUCUCCUGGGGGGUGGGCUGCGGCUCCGGCGGGUACGCGGGCGUCUACGCGGACCUCGGCAGCGCCGUCAACCGGGCCUGGAUACAGAACAAGACGGGCAUCGCAUAGAGAAGAAACUUUUCACCAACUAUGAAACG